UCGGGAACCUUCCUAUCUACACACUCUCUCACACCUUGGGCUUGUGAUAAAAUAGUGACAAGCGGGACCCGCUCGUCCACGUCUGCGCGCCAGCGAUUGUCAAGCCUGGUGAUCAUAUCGAUCAGCAGACGUUAUUUACACUGGCCUGUUCCUCGCCCAGAGAUCGCGAAAUUGUCGGCCCAGCGCCAACACAAGAUACAACGAUUCAGCGUUCGUUCUACCUGACAGUACUGAUCAUUUAUCCACUGCGUCUUCCUCGUUCUAUACCAACGCCUACACAUUUGACCCGCUUUGGGUUUCAACUGCGCAAGAUCUGCUCACAAUGUGCUUUGUCACCGUCAAGGAUCUAGAGGUGGACCCGCCAGCACGCAGAGUCAAGGAGGUUCGCAGAGUAAUCAGAGACUAUCCAUCGCUGCCUCCACCGCCACGUAUUUCAGAGACCAUGUCUCGCACAACGAUCAUCGAACAGCGACGACCACCCUCACCAUCCCGUACAGAAGUACGUGCGCCUUCAGUAAGAGCGCCACCCUCCGUCGCAGCCACACGAGCAUCACAACGCUACGUCCAAGUCGAAGUUGAAGCAGAAUCAGACCGCGUAAGUGUCUCAAGCAGCGAUGAGGUCCUUUCCCAGACCACCCGAAGGAGUGAAGGAGCGAGCUCUCGCGCGACUCAUCAAUCCUUGCAUACGCGAGUCUCCUCGCACCCACGAGCUCCAUCUGUGCCCGCACCGCCGAGUGUACGUCCUCGGAGUGAGUACUCAGUGCAUGAGAGAGAACGUGAAAUCACACGAGAGUAUCCUCCAAGACCCGAGUACGAGACCUAUCGAUACGUAGAUGCACCACAAAGUCGAGUCAGUCGAGAGCAUCGCAGAAGCGUUGCUGGUGACCCCAGAAUGAGCGACGAGAGCUACCGUCAGCUUCAGGUGUCCAUCAAGAACAGUCGAUGAAACUCUUGAACAUUCGACGAUGAUUCACGAUCUGACGGCAGAUGUUGCAUACUGUCGUGGUGGAGACCAUUGGAGAUGAACGAGCUUCGAACACUGUUGUGGAAGUGACCAUGUUCAUGGAAGGAAAUGUAAUUAUUUUAAUUGGAAAAAUCUGAAUGAAUGCCUUCCAAACCGGG